ACAUGGCGGCGGCGGCCCGCCCAGACGCCUGAGCCGGUUGCAAGAGGCGUGUUCCACUGCAGUCAUGGCGGCCCCCGGACGGGCCGCUGGCAGUAGGGCUCUGGAAACGUGCGGUCUGGAGCGGAUUUUGGAGGCGUUGAAGCUGCUGCUGAGCCCGGGAGGAUCGGGCUUAAGUUCACUACAGAUGACAAAAUGUGAUGUCCUGCUGGCUACUUUAAAAUCGAACCUGUCCGCUUUGGAGGACGAAUUGCUGAAGGAUCCUCACUGGAAUGAAUUGAAACUCCUGAGGGAUGAAAUUGCUUAUAAGGCAGAAUGGCCACUAAACUCUGUGGAUGUCACCUGGAGUUUUACCUCUCAAGCCUUACUGUUGCUGUUGUGCUUGAAGGAAACCAUGAUCUACCUUGUGGCUGAUUUCAGUCCAGGUAAACCCAACCCGAGGAGUCCAGAAGCUGCCCCUGCCCUGAGCCCAGAUACACUUAGUGUCGCACAGCAGAAGACUGUCCAGUCAGCUUUGCAGUUUGUGGUCACCUUGGGUAUCUGCCCCUAUCUCAUGCCUGGUGUUGGAGUCCCUCUGAGAUGCAGGACUGAGUUUGGUGCUGGUGUUCAGGAUGUGGUGUGUCUUGAUGCUGCCCCAGAUGCAGCCCAGAGACUUUACACCAGCUGCAGGGUCCUCCUGAAUAUUGCACAGCAUGCAUCUCUGGGGAGCUUGAUUUUCUGCCGCCAUUUGGGGGAUAUUGCAGCAGGUCUGUGCCAGCUGGGAUUCUGCCCAACUAAGAGGAAAUCGCUAAAACCUGAGGAAGAGGUAUUAACUGAAGAGGAAAGAGCCCUAUCUAGGGAGGCCUUGAGAGACAUCCUGGAUCAAGUGUAUCAGCCGUUAGCAGUCCGAGAAUUACUUAUCCUCCAGGGAGGACCAGCCCAGUCUUGCACAGAGGCAAAGACACAAGUGAGGUGCCGGGCCCCAGCCUGGCUUCGGCGUCUAUGUGGGCAGCUGCUCUCUGAAAGGUUGAUGAGACCCAGCGGUGUUCAGGCGGUAGUCCGGGGCAUUUUGGAAGGAGCAGGUGCUGGGCCGGCUGGUGGGAGUGAUGCAGAAGCCACAGCCGCCGACUGGAAGAAGUGUGACUUGAUUGCAAAGAUCUUGGCCUCUUGUCCCCAGCAGUCUCUUUCACCAGAGGAUUACUAUCGGGAUAUCUGCCCCCAGAUUCUAGAUUUAUUUCACUUUCAAGAUAAAUUGACAGCACGACAAUUUCAGAGAGUUGCCACGACUACCUUUAUAACUAUGUCAAGAGAACAUCCACAACUGGCUGCAAAGUAUUUGCUUCAGCCCCUAUUAGCUCCUCUUCAUCAGUGUUUAAAUACACCAGAGAUUCCAGAGAGUGACGUGGUACCAGGGACCAUUUUGGUGACAGAAGAAGAACUUACUAGAUGUAUUGAGGAUGUAUUUAAGGUGUACGUGGUCGGGAAUGACCCUUUGCCAGUUUUGGUGGAUUCCCUGCUUCCUGUUCUGCGGGUGCUCUUUUCGCUCUACUGUUUCACCAAGCAGAGUGUGUCUCACAUAAGGUCACUUUGCCAAGAGAUCUUAUUAUGGAUUCUAGGGAAGCUGGAGAGGAAGAAGGCAAUUGCCAGCCUGGAAGGAUUUGCAGGGUUGAACAAAUCUGUGUCCUCUCUCCAUUCUCUGUGUCAGUUUAGAGCUGCCGCUCAGGGUGGCAUUAUGAUUACCAUCAAGGAGGCCAUUUGUGACGAAGAUGAAGAUGAAGCCCUUUACCAGAAAGUAUCCUCAGAGCAGUGCCAGCUAGAGUGUCUUGGGGACUUGUUAUCCUACUGCCAAGAAUGUGGCUUGGCAGGCGACUUUUUUAUCUUCUGCCUGAAGAAUUUGACUCACGUUGCUGUGGAAAACAAAGCAAAAUUGGAAAUGAAGCCCUUCUCCAGCAAAAGCCUCUUGGAAUUCGAGCAGCACCAAACUCUUCUUGUGGAAGGCCAGGAGCAGAAGCUGCUGGUCCUACAGCUGAUGGCUGUUCUCUGUGAGAGAAUGUCUGAGCAGAUAUUCACAAACAUCGCUCAGGUUGUGGACUUUGUAGCAGUAACGCUGCAGCGAGCAUGUGCCAGCUUGGCCUGCCAGGCAGAGAGCACUGUGGAGUCGCAGACACUGAGCCUGUCCAUGGGGCUGGUGGCUGUCAUGCUCGGAGGAGCUGUUCAGUUGAAGUCAAGUGAUUUCACUGUUUUGAAGCAACUGCUGCCUCUGUUGGAGACGGUGUCCCGCACAUACCCUGACCCUGUCAUCCAAGAACUUGCUGUGGAUCUCCGCAUCACCAUCUCUACCCGUGGGGCCUUUUCCACUGAGGCUGUCAGUAUAGCUGCCCAAAGUACCCUGAACAAAAAGGAUGCAGAAGGGAAAACAGAAGCGUGUCAACAAGCAAGUCAUGGAAGAAGCACUGAUGAGUCUCGUAGCCACUUUGAGCAACAUCAAAGCCAUGAAAAACCCAAGCAGACAGGCCUGAAGUCUGCUGCACGCGUUCCUCAGGUCAGUCAGCACAGCCCUAUUACAAACCAGAAAUCUGGAAGCAUAACCACAGAACAGCUGCAGGAGGUUCUUUUAUCAGCUUAUGAUCCUCAGAUUCCAACACGGGCUGCUGCCCUGCGGACUCUUUCCCACUGGAUAGAGCAGAGAGAAGCAAAAGCCCUUGAGUUGCAAGAGAAGCUUCUCACGGUAUUCUUGGAGAACUUGGACCAUGAAGACACCUUUGUAUAUUUAUCUGCUAUUCAGGGGGUUGCCCUGCUGUCAGAUGCAUACCCUGAGAAAAUCUUGCCUGGCCUGCUGGCUCAAUAUGACAGUGGUAAAGACAAGCACACACCGGAGACCAGAAUGAAAGUUGGGGAAGUCCUGAUGCGAACUAUCAAGGCAUUAGGGGACAUGGUCUCAAAGUACCAAGAACCUUUGAUCCACACCUUCCUGAGGGGUGUGAGAGAUCCAGAUUGUGCGCACAGGGCCAGCAGCUUAUCUAACCUUGGAGAGCUGUGCCAGAGGCUGGACUUUCUGCUGGGCUCCGUGCUUCAUGAGGUAACAGCUUGCCUGAUUGCUGUGGCUAAAACAGACCAUGAAGUUCAAGUACGCAGAGCUGCCGUCCAUGUGAUUGUGCUGCUGCUUCGGGGCCUCAGCCAGAAAGCUACUGAGGUGCUGCGGGACGUCCUCAAGGAUCUCUACCACCUGCUGAAGCACGUGGUACAUUUGGAGCCAGAUGACGUGGCCAAGCUCCAUGCCCAGCUGGCCCUGGAAGAACUGGAUGAGAUAAUGAGAAACUUUCUGUUCCCACCACAGAAGCUGGAGAAAAAGAUCGUGGUCCUGCCAUAGGCCCGGCCCCAAGGAUCUAGAAGUGGUGUUGGGACCACGCAGCCAGAGCAGUGCCCAAGCCUUCCAGCAGGGGGCCCCACGGCUUCCUCAGUGCUGAUAGUGUGGCUGACUCCAGAGGUGGCUUUGUGUCUCUGGUCAGCUGUGUCUUUAGGCUGUCCUUCCCAAAGCGUCAGUUCAGCCACAUUGCAUCCAGCCUGAAGUGUGUGUCCUUAAAAGAAAAAAGAUUACAGAUCUCAUUAACCUGCACAUUUUUCUCUGUUCUGUAGCAUUUAGAGAAGGAUGUCUACCCAAUGGAGUGUAUAUUUAACACAAUUGAGGGAAUUGACUAAUUGGCCAGUCUCUUCUUGCAUCUUGAGUAAAAGAGGUUGGUCACCCACGUGUCACUAUCUGGAUAUUCUUUCAAGGUGAGGUGGUUUUUCCUUGUGAUAAUGAGGAGCAGCCAGGGCUAGUCACCCUUGGCUGCUCCUGAGGCAUUUCAGAGAACAGAGAUGCAGCUGGAGGCAGGGAGGGGAAGGAAAUUGUUGUCAAAAUAUGCAAAGUGGAAUAAAAUAUCUGGGCUCUAAGGAAUAACAUGUGAAUCUGGUCCUCUGCUAUUGAGAUGGAAGGCUAUGGCAUUGCAGAGGACUUGAUCUCCAGAAAAGGGAACCAAGCUGAUUGAAUCUUCCAGAGAAGGGUAAGCCCUGUGUUUGUCCUCCUGGGCCGUAUUCUUUCUCUCCUUCUGCUACCGUUUGCACAGAGUUGCCCUGAUUACAGGAAAAAAACCAUCAAAUGAGAAUAUUUAUGUCCACUCCUUUAGGAAGAGGAAUGCUUAGACAGUGGGUUAGUUAAAUGUGUGCUUCAAAGUGCAUUGUAUGUUGGUGAUCUAAUGCCAGGUUUUUCAAAAUCUUUUCAGAUGCAGCACUGUGGGUUCCUCUUUAUUUAUUUAUAUAUUUUGGUGACUGAAUUUUGAUUGCAGCUAAAAGAGAUGAAAGAGACUGGCUGACUGCUUCAGACAAACCCUCUCUGUGGUCAGCAACUUGCCAAGGCUAGCACAGAGCUCCUUGGUGAGUCUUCAGCUUUGCAGUGCUCAGGACAGAAUUUUAUCACAGGAUUUUAUUCCUAGUCUCUGGAGUGACCAGGCCCAGGGGUACGAAAACACAAUUUCCCCAAACUUUCAGGUGGUUGAAGGGUCUGUAUACAAGCAGGCCCAUUUGCUAAUUAACAAGAUACUUCUCUCUGACUGGCAUACAGACACAUUCUUAGCUUUGAACUUUUGCGGUGAGCAUCCCUUCAAAGGGCCAACUUGUAGUCAGGGAUUGUAAGUCAGCUUAGUGAGCAAAGAAUUAGAACAAAGGCAUAGAUAUUUUAAAGGAGUAAUUCCAUUCAGCUGGAGUAGCUGGAUUAAUUUCAUUCUCCAAAUCAAGGAUAUCUAGAAAAUCAGGAUUAGGGCUUUCAAGUCAGAGAAGAAUUUGCCUUGAACCAGUUGAAUAUACACUAAAAACUCUUGGCCUCUUGGCCUUCCUUUAUCUAGACUCCAUACAGCCCACUUCAGGUCAUCAUACUGGAUAUGCAAGAUGACUGAUUUAACUUACAACUUUAUUUGCAUUAAAUGCAUCCAAUUCUGAGGAUAUAUCCUAAUUGAUCACCUUGAUGAGACUGAGAAACUCUCUAGUCUAAAAACCUAUGUAGUCUCCUAGGGAGGGCCUUAGACACAGUCCCUGUGUCUCCAUUGAUAGACUGCCUUUAAUUUGAAUUACUUGCGAAGUGGCUAAAAGCAUUUGUUCUUCAUUUAUUUUGAUGGAUUCAAUUUCAGAGAGUGACAUUUUCUGACCUUGUUACCAAAUUCACGGGGGAGAUACUACAAUGUAACCUUCCUAAGCAUGGCCAAAAUAUUAAAAGUUUCCAAAUUAUUAAAUUAUUCUUCCAAGUACAUAUCCAUCCUUGAGAAACAGCAUGAGAACUGAAGAACUUCAGAAUAAUAAAAACACAAACUCAGAAAAAAAAAAGACCCAGAACUGUAGGGGCGGAUGGCAGGAGCAACAGUGACACGAAGGUGCAUGGGGCCUGUGAGGUGUGUCUGCUUCUGCAUAAUAGCGCACACUCGUGCUUGCCUCCCACCUCCGCCCAUCUCUCUGGGGCCGCCUUCUCCCUAGCGUCCCUAGUCUCCUCCGUGUUGCUGAAGUUCUCCUGGCCUCUCUUCUUCAGUCCCCUCCAUUGCCCAGGAGGCUGUCACCAGACUCCCCUAGAUCACUCACAGACCUUCUGCUUGGCCGAAUCCCUCCUUCUCUUCCUUCUUUCCCUCCCUGGUCUCUUCCUCCUCCUCCCAGGCCUGCUGUCCAUAGCCCCCUUGGCCUACAGAGGAUGGCAGUGUGGCCGGAGACUUGCAGGGGGCCCAGAGCUGCGGCUGCAGCCAAAACUGCAGGGACACUUUCUGCUUCAGUGUUGACUGCUCGUUCAGGUCAGAUUUCUGAACAUUCUGGAGAAUUCUCUGCUCUUUUGUUCUUCCUCCUUGGCACAGACUUGCCCUUCUCCAGUCCUCUGCAGAAGCCAGUCUGGUAAUCUGUAAUCAGAAAUGCUCUUUGUCUCUCUCUACACAUGUGCUUUUCCGUAUUUCAUAAUAUUCUUCUCCUUUCUUCACCUCUCUUCAUUCCCUCACUUUCCUGUGGCUCUGCCCACUCAUUCAUAUGUAAGGGCUAGGUGCCAGGGGCUGGGGGUAGGAAAGCAAAUAACAGACAAUAACAACAAUUUAUUGAGCCCCCACUGUGUGCCAGGGGCUGCGCCAGGGACUGUGAACACAGCAGUGAACAAAACAGACAAAACCCAUACCCCCAGAGGAAGUUUGUGUGGAAGCAGACAAUAAAUAAUGAAAUAGAAUGUCAAAUGGUUUUAAAUUCUAUAGAGAAAAGUCAGGAACAGGAGGAAGGUGUAAAAGAUAAGUUGUGUAAAGAAGGCCUCACUGAGAAGUUAGAUAUGAGUAAAGAUCGGGAGUAUGUGAAGGAUCUACUAUAUAUUUAGGGGAAUGGCUGGGAAAGGCCCAGAGGUGAGAAUAAGUCUGACAGGUGUGCAGGAAUGCUGGAGGCCAGUUGGCUGGAGCAGGGGGCGGGAGAAGAAAGUGGAGGGGAGGAGGCGGGGGUGAUAACGUGCCAAAUCGCAAGGAGCCUUGUGAACCACUCUGAGCAAGGGGGGCAGCUACAAACCUAUUUCUACCUGAAACCCCUUCAGCUUGUUUGUGGAAGUGCUUUGAGGCCACAAUGAUAAAAGCUGUGAAAGAGGAAAUGCUUAUGCCCAUUGGAGCUUCAUACUCAGCCACAGGUUUUUUCUGUCCCUCUUUACCAGCCCCCCUUCUCUGGUAGCAGCAGUUUCUCCUCAUUGGCCAAAGAAGAAAGAGGAAAGCAAAUGUGUUGAUCUGCCUCCGUCCAUACCCGCCCCUCCUCGCUCAGUCCCUCCCUUUGUGACGGGGUGAGUGAAUGGAGCUGUGCCUGCCACCUGCCUGUGAUUCUCACCAGCAACUCACUGCAGUGGAGGGGUGGCUGAGACAUCUGAGAGGUGAUCAAUUGGUAGGAAUAAACUGGGGGAUGAUUCAUCCAACCUAUACAAAAGCAGAUUAGCUUCAGCAGUCUUUUUGCACAGGAAUCAAAAUCUCAGUUGGGAUUUCAGGGGCAAAGAGGGCAGAAACAGAAGCUGAGUUCCAGGGUGGGCCGCGAGGGUUUGCCACUAUUCCCUAACCACGGAGGCCUCCUUCCCUGAGCCCCUGGAAAGAAGCAGGCAUGACCUCUGAGGGCCUGGCUGAGUCCUCCAGCAAGCUCUGCGACCAGACACUCUGCAGGCAGAUGCUCUGCAGUCACAUGCAGCAGCCUCACUGCAGUGCGCACCUCUGACUUCAGGGAACUGAGUCGCUGCUGGGGGUUGGGAAGCUGUCUUCUUAGAAUCCCGGCUGUGGCACUCGUCCCUGCUGGCUGGGCUCAGGCUGGGCUCAGCCCAUCCAGAGUGUGCUGGCAGGAGAAGAGGAGUGCAGACCCUCACCGUCAGCCCUGGAGAGGGGCUGUGCACAGUUGUCUGAAGAGUCAUUCCCGUUGUCCCACUCCACAGUUCUUCACAGGGCCUUAGGAGCUCCGCGCUGCCAGGAGGGCUCAGGCAUUCCCCGCACCCCAACCCUGCCCCAUGACCCUCUGCAGUACCUGCUGGGCAUAGGAAAGGAAGACCAGUUGCUCGGUGUUGCCUUUAGUUUUGAAAGUUGUUUUUCAUCCAUAAGCUUGUCUGAUUCUCACAACAUUGUGAAGUAGGGAGACAGGCUGUUGUUAUCCCCCUCUGGUGGGAUUUGGCUCCAGAUCUCCUCCAUCUCAGCCAGACUCUUGAAUAUCUGUUGAAUACUAUGGAGCUUCUCCCCACCAAAAAAAGGAGUCUAGAAGCAAAAGCCUUUCAACUAGAGCACAGUUUGGGAAGAAAACUCAAGAGGUCAUGUGUCCACGUUGAGCCCCAGUACGUGUGUUUGACCUCCACUGGCACAUACUGAGAGGUACCUAUCAAGACCCCCGUGCUGGUCCUCCGCCCUCUCCCAGAGUGCUGAGGAGCGGUGAGCCCUCACAUCUGGAUGCCCUGGCUGCUUCUCUGUGUGUUUUCUAAUAAUAUAUGAAUUAUAACAAAUUUAACAUCUUUGUAACAAGGAAAGAAAAAUUCCCACCAUCUCACCUCUACUCCUACCCCAGAAUAACCAUGCACAUUUAGGUAUACAUCCUUCCAGAACUUCCUUUCCUUUCACUCUUUUCCCAAAUGAAUACUAACAUGCAUUACUGCUUUCUGAAACAGAAAUGGGAUUUUAACUGUAAAUUAAAAUGAUCCCAUGUAUCUUUUUCUUAGACAUAUGCUUGGAGACACUCUUCUGUCAGUACUUAAAAACCCCUGUCCUCUGUGACGACGGCAUGCCUUCCUUGGGGUGGGUGAGCUCCAGCUGGGUUAAGCCUGUGUCUCCUGAAGGGCAGUUGAGUUGUUUCUAAUUUCCAAUGAGUCCUCAGUGAUUCUCAGCAUAAGUCUUUGCAUACUGAAGUGUUUCUGUGGGAUAGGUCCUGAGAGGUUUGAGUACUGGGUUAGAAAGCUUUAAACUUAAAAAACAAAACCAAACAAACAAAAAAACUUCAGAGGCUGGAGUUUUCUGUAUACCAAAACCACCAACAGGGACAUAACACACUCUGCAGGGAUGCUCACCAGCAGCCAUAUCAUGGCUACAAGUACUAGUUAGUAGCUUCUAAGUACUCCCCCCAGAUAGAAAUCCUGAGCCCCUGCAGGUCUUAAAAAGGGCUUUUACUAGACUCUCAGCUCUGAGACUGUCCUGCGUGUGUAUUAGGGUAUGGCUUCUUAUGGGGUUUGCAGUGUCCUCAGGAUAAUAACCAUGGUACCCAAACCAGACUCAGGACAUAGGGUCUGGUGGCCCCUCAAAGUAUUGAGUUCAUCCUAUAAAACCCGGGAUGAAUGAUUGCCAUAGCUUCACAUCAGUGUACAUAAUAAUCAGUUAACACUGUAAAGAGCUUAUUAUGCUUUUCUGUGCAGUUGACAUAUUUUAAUCCACUCAGUCAUCCCACUGGGCCUGUGAAGUAGGUAUUAUUUUAUCCCUGUUUUACAGAUGGGAAAACUGAGGCACACAAGAGGCUAAUUACCUGCCCCAGAUUACAUAGCUAGUGAUAAGUAGCCAAACCAGUAUUUGGACCCAGGCAGUCGGGCUUUCAAAGCUGGGCUUUUAACUACUGUGCUUUGCUACUACCCAGUAGAUUUAUUUCCAGAUGGUAAAAAAAUUUUUAACAUAAGUGAGGAUAAAGAAAGUGUUUCUCUGCCUAUUUAAAUGGACCACUUAUGUCAAGUUAAACUUCAGCCCUGAUUCCCUCCAAACAGCGUCCUCCUACACCAAGAGCCAACCUGACACACAGAACUUGUUAUAUCUUGUGUCGGACCGUGUUGUUUGCCCAGCAGCUAGAGAUGAGAUUUGCUGAAGUUCCCCAGCCCACCCACUGCUGUACCUUGACAGCUUUCUUAAACUGGUUCCUGAAAGGCCUGUUCUUCUUCCUGGGGUGGCCAAGGUGGUAGACACCUGAGACUGCCUCCCUGGGAGCAGAGAAAGCAGGUCAUGAUGUGUUACGCAGAAAAUGCAGCAAGUCUUCCCAUCAACUCCAAUCAGAGCCUGGAAAUGUCUCCUUUGUUGUUUUGCUUUGUUUUGUGUAUUACCCUCUCAUCUCUGUAAACAGUGUUUCACUUCUCAGAUUUCAUUUUCAGAAUAACAGUGGUUCAUUUUAAA